AUGGGUGCUUGUGCAGUCAUUUGGCUAGUCAUUCUCACCAUUUUCCUGCCUCCGGUCGGCGUAGCCUGUGUGGCAGGAUGUGGAAUGGAUGUCUUCAUCAACAUAUGCCUGACAAUUCUUGGAUACUUCCCGGGGCAUAUACAUGCGUUUUACAUCGAGUAUGUCUAUUUUGAUAGGCGCCAACAGGGCCGCGAGGGUCAUUAUCCUCCGCGUCGUGCUCCUGGCAUCUAUUCUGAAAAGGUGCAAACUGGCGGACAUGGCCCACGGCCGGGCUAUGGGACGAUGGCACCACCGGUUGCG